AUGGUCAACCUUUCGGUGCCCAAGAACUAUACAUUCUCUCCGUCCUCGGCUACGCCGCAUUUGACCAUCAAUCACAAUGUUGCUGCGGAUCUGGAUUCCAGCAAUGCCUUUGAAGGGCCCGAGAAGCUGCUGGAGGUGUGGUUUGCCUCUGGGCCUACAGCUCUGCCCAGCUCUGCUGCACCCAAUGGCUUGAAGAGCGUCCCUGCGGACACUUGGGUUGGUAUGUUGGACAUGGUCAAUUGCAAGAUUCUGUCUGUGCUCGAGUCCGAUGACGUCGAUGCCUAUUUGCUCUCCGAAUCCAGCAUGUUUGUCUUCCCCCACAAGCUUAUCCUCAAGACAUGCGGAACCACCACCCUUCUUCUUGGCCUCCAGCGUCUGCUUCACAUUGCCGCCGUCAAUGCCGGGUUCCCCUUCCACAAUGCCGACUCGGUCAACGACGUUCGGGCCGCGGCCACGCCCUACCGUGUGUUCUACAGUCGCAAGAACUUCUUGUUCCCCGAUGAGCAGAAAGGCCCUCACCGGAGCUGGAAGCAAGAAGUCAAGUAUCUGGAUGACACGCUCGAGGGAGGUGGCAGCGCCUAUAUGGUGGGCAAGAUGAAUGGGGAUCACUGGUACCUCUACAUCACUUCGCCCAAUCAAACGCUUACUCCUCCCCUGACACCGGACUCGGAGAUCAAUUGCCAGCCAACCCCUGCCAUGACCAUCUCUUCCAAUGGCGGGAGCUCUGCUGGUGGCUCCUACAGCCAGAAUGACGAGACGUUGGAGAUUCUCAUGACCGAUCUUGACCCCGAAAACGCCAAGCAGUUUUUCUUGUCACACGCGAGUGCGGUCGCGAGUGAUAAGCUUGCUGCUGAGGCGAAAAAUGCACGCAAAAAGGCACAGGAUAGCGUCGACUGUCUUACUGCCGCUACCCCCGAGGAAAUUGAUGUAUUUGGGCACUGCGACGAGGGAGAUUUCGAGACUGCCAAGGCCCAAGUCACUGAGGAGCUCACAACCGAGGGCCACGCUCUUGGCUCAGUCGUCUCGGAAAGCUGCGGACUCAACGACGUUUAUCCCACGUCUGUCUACCCCGAUGCCCGUGUGGACUCGUAUCUCUUCAGCCCCUGCGGAUUUUCUGCCAAUGGCGUGGUUCCCGCUCCGCCAUCCGCCGAGGACGACACGGCUGGAGCAACUCACUACUUCACCGUGCACGUUACGCCCGAGCCAGGCUUCUCCUUUGCAUCCUUUGAGACCAACGUGCCCGGGGGGCAAAAGGGUCGCACCACAGCCGAGAUUAUCGAGCACGUGGUCAACAUCUUCCGCCCCGGCCGAUUCAGCGUCACGCUGUUCGAGGCCAAGGGCCGCGGCGCCAAUCCUUACGGCAUGGGCGACGGCACAUUCAAGAGCCUCUCCAUGCAGCGCCUCGUCGACCCCGUCCGCGGCUACCGGCGUGUGGAUCGCAUCGUGCACGACUUUGAAGACUAUGACUUGGUCUUUCGAUUCUAUGAGCGCGAGGACUGGCUGGGCGACAAGGCUGCUCGCGUGGGCGAAAUCGAGUGA